GCAUCUCAGACUGGACUAAGACUCCAUGGAAGGAGAUCAAUGUGGAACAGAUGGAUAUGGAGCUCAGAAGGUUUGCUAAGGAGAUGAAGACUCUGGACAAAGAUGUGCGAGCGUGGGAUGUCUACAGCGGUCUGGAAUCCAUCGUUAAGAAUUCGUUGACAUCACUGAGAGCUGUUAACGAGCUUCAGAACUCUGCUGUCAGAGAAAGACACUGGCAACAGCUCAUGCGCACAACAGGGGUGAGUUUUGUGAUGGAUGAGAACGCCACACUUGGUGAUCUCUUAGAGCUGCAGCUCCACCGUGUGGAGGAGGAAGUGAAGAACAUUGUGGACAAAGCAGUUAAAGAGAUGGGAAUUGAGAAGAUUCUUGGUGAGAUCAAGCAGACAUGGUCCAUGAUGUCUCUGUCAUAUGAGACACACACAAGUACUGGAACACCUCUGCUCAAGGCUGAUGAAAACCUCAUUGAAACCCUGGAGGACAACCAGGUUCAGUUGCAGAAUAUUCUCAUGAGUAAGUAUGUGGAGUAUUUCAUGGUGGAGGUGAGCGGCUGGCAGCGGAAGCUGGUGGUUGCUGAUCUGGUGAUUGGCACAUGGUUGGCGGUUCAGCGCACCUGGGCUCACCUCCAGAGCAUUUUUACAAACUCUGAGGACAUCCGGAACCAGCUGGCCCACGAUGCAGAGCGGUUUCAGGGCAUCCAUCAGGACUUCCAGAGUUUAAUGAGCACUGUCGUGGAGAUUGAUAAUGUGAUAAAAGUCACUAACCAGCCAGGCUUCAUGGAGCAACUUGAGACUCUUCAGCAAAGAUUGUCAGUGUGCGAGAAGGCUCUGGCUGAGUAUUUGGAGACAAAGCGUUUGACAUUUCCACGCUUUUACUUCGUCUCAGCUAGUGAUUUGCUGGAAAUAGUUUCUAAGGGAACUCAGCCCAGAGAGGUGACUCGACACUUGCUGAAGCUCUUUGACAAUCUGGCUGAUCUCAGCUUUAAAGAAGAGGAAGAUAAUGGAGGAUUGGAUCCCAAAACACCUGUUGCCUUAGGAAUGUACAGUAGAGAGGGAGAGUAUGUGCCCUUCUCACAGCCCUGUGUGUGUGAGGGACAGGCUGAGUGUUGGCUGAAUGCUCUGGAGAAGGCCAUGUGUUCCACUGUUCGCCAGGAGAUCUCUGAAGCUGUGGCAGCAUAUGAAGACAAGCCUCGAGACCAGUGGCUCUUUGACCACCCAGCACAGGUAGCACUGACUGGAAGUCAAAUUUGGUGGGCGACAGAUGUGGGCAUUGCCUUUGAGAGGGUGGAGGAGGGUUUUGAGACUGCUUUGAAAGACUACAACCGAAAACAGAUCAGUCAGCUGAAUUCUCUGAUAAACAUGCUCCUGGGUGACCUCACUCCUGGAGACAGACAGAAGAUCAUGACCAUCUGCACUAUCGAUGUCCACGCUCGUGAUGUGGUUGCUAAACUCAUAUCUCAGAAGGUCACCAGUGGACAGGCAUUUGCGUGGCUUUCGCAGUUACGGCAUCGAUGGGAUGAGAAACAGAAGCACUGUUACAUCAACAUCUGUGACGCACAGUUUCAGUUCUCAUACGAGUAUCUAGGGAAUACCAACAGACUGGUCAUAACACCACUCACUGAUCGAUGUUACAUCACUCUGACUCAGUCUCUGCACCUCACCAUGAGUGGCGCCACCUCUGGUCCGGCUGGAACUGGCAAGACAGAAACCACUAAAGACCUAGGCCGAUCACUCGGCAUCAUGGUCUAUGUGUUCAACUGCUCAGAGCAAAUGGACUACAAGUCCAUAGGUAAUAUCUAUAAAGGCUUGGCCCAAACAGGAGUGUGGGGUUGUUUUGAUGAGUUUAACAGGAUUUCAGUGGAGGUUCUGUCUGUGGUCGCUGUGCAGGUGAAAACCAUUCAGGAUGCAGUCCGCAAUAAGAAACAAAGGUUUCACUUCCUGGGGGAGGAGAUUGAGUUGAGGCCUACAGUUGGGAUCUUCAUCACUCUGAACCCUGGAUAUGCAGGGAGAACUGAACUACCAGAGAACCUUAAAGCGCUUUUCAGGCCAUGUGCAAUGGUGAUUCCUGAUUACGAGUUGAUCUGUGAGAUCAUGUUGGUGACCGAAGGUUUUUUAGAUGCACGUUUGCUCGCACGCAAGUUCAUCAGCCUCUAUACACUCUGCAAAGAGCUGCUUUCCAAACAGGAUCAUUAUGACUGGGGCUUGAGGGCCAUAAAGUCAGUCUUGGUUGUUGCUGGCUCACUGAAGAGGGAGGACAGGAGCCGGCCUGAAGAGCAGGUGUUAAUGCGUGCUCUACGAGACUUUAAUCUGCCGAAGGUUGUAACAAGUGACGUGCCAAUAUUCUUGGGUCUGAUAAGUGACCUCUUUCCUCUUCUGGACAUCCCACGCAAAAGAGACCAAGAGCUUGAACAGAAUGUGCGCCGGUCGGUCGCUGAACUUCACCUACAGCCAGAGGAGAACUUCAUACUCAAGGUGACCCAGCUGGAGGAGCUGUUGGCAGUGAGACACUCUGUUUUUGUUGUGGGCGGACCUGGAACAGGAAAAAGUCAGAUUCUAAAGACGCUGCAUAAGACCUACUCUAACAUGAAACUGAAGCCCAUCUGGACUGAUAUCAACCCUAAAGCUGUCACCACUGAUGAGCUGUUUGGCUUCCUGCACCCAGCUACACGGGAGUGGAAAGACGGUCUGUUUUCUUCCACUAUGAGAGAACUCUCUGCUAUAUCCCAUGAUGGGCCGAAGUGGAUUGUUCUAGAUGGAGACAUCGACCCUAUGUGGAUUGAAUCACUUAACACCGUCAUGGAUGAUAAUAAGGUGCUCACCUUGGCCAGUAAUGAGCGGGUAUCACUGACCCCCUCCAUGCGUUUACUGUUCGAGAUCAGCCACCUGAAGGCUGCAACCCCGGCUACAGUAUCUAGGGCUGGAAUUCUUUACGUGAAUCCUCAGGAUCUGGGCUGGAGUUCGUAUGUGACAAGCUGGAUAGACACCCGUCGGGCCCAAUCUGAGCGAGCAAAUCUCACUAUAUUGUUUGAUAAGUAUGUUCCCUACUGUCUGGAGCAGGUCAGAUGCAACCUUAAGACAAUCACACCUAUACCUGAGUCAAGCAUGGUACAGACGCUGUGUUGUCUGCUGGACUGCUUACUAACCGAAGAAAACACCCCUCCGGACUCUCCACGUGAGCUCUACGAGCUCUAUUUUGUGUUUGCAUGUGUCUGGGCCUUUGGAGGGGCACUAUUUCAGGACCAUCUAAUUGACUAUCGUUCAGAGUUCAGUCGUUGGUGGUGUAAGGAGAUGAGAGCCGUGAAGUUUCCCUCUCAGGGUUCAGUGUUUGAUUACUACAUCGACCCAAACACCAAACGGUUCACUCCGUGGAGUGAACGCACCCCUCCCUUUGAGCUGGAUCCUGACAUCCCUCUGCAGACGGUGUUGGUUCACUCAGCAGAGACAAUCAGCCUGACAUACUUCAUUGAGUUACUUCUGCAGAAGGGGAAGCCAGUGAUGUUGGUAGGAAAUGCUGGUGUAGGGAAAACUAUCCUGGUCUGGGAUAAGAUUGCCAAACUCAAAGAGGAAUUCAUGGUCGCAAAAGAACCUUUCAAUUACUACACGACCUCAGCCAUGUUACAGCGUGUGCUGGAGAAGCCUCUGGAGAAGAAGGCAGGCCGCAAUUUUGCACCUCCUGGCACUAAAAAACUUAUCUACUUUGUGGAUGACAUGAACAUGCCUGAGGUAGAUGCUUAUGGCACUGUUCAGCCUCAUACCCUUAUCAGACAGCACCUGGACUACUCCCACUGGUAUGACCGUCAGAGACUAGUACUCAAGGAGAUUCAUAACUGUCAGUACAUCACCUGCAUGAACCCAACAGCAGGAAGCUUCUCAGUCAAUCCUCGACUACAGAGGCAUUUUUCAGUGUUUGCUGUACAUUUCCCUGGUGUGGAGGCUCUGAGCACUAUAUACAGCAGCAUUCUGAGUGGUCAUUUCCAGCAGGGUGGCUACAGUUAUGGUGUUAGUCGCAUGACCAACACACUGGUCCAGGCUGCCAUCUGCCUUCAUCAGAAAAUGAGCCAGAACUUCCUUCCCACAGCCAUUCGGUUCCACUACAUUUUCAACCUCAGAGACAUUUCAAACAUCUUCCAGGGAAUUAUCUUUGCUCUGCCAGAGCAAGUGCGGUACCCUAUAGACCUAGUUCACCUAUGGCUGCAUGAGUCGUCUCGUGUGUACUCAGACAAACUGAUGGAGGAGAAAGAUGUGGAGCUGUUCAACAAGAUUCUGCUAGACACAGGCAAAAGAUACUUUGAAGGUAUAGAUGAGUCUAUUUUAAUUAACCAGCCAUUGAUCUUCUCCCAUUUCGCUCACGGUAUGGGUGAGCCACGUUACGCACAGGUGACUGACCUUGAGAAGCUUCAGAAGACACUGAUGGAUGCUCUUGAGCACUACAAUGAGCUCUACUCUGACAUGAACCUGGUGCUGUUUGAAGAAGCCAUGCAACACAUUUGUAGGAUAAGUCGUAUUCUUGAGUCUCCUGUGGGGAAUGCCUUGCUGAUUGGAGUAGGUGGUAGCGGGAAACAGAGUCUGUGUCGGUUGGCUGCUUUUCUCAGCGUCCUGGAAGUAUUUCAGAUCACACUGAGAAAGGGUUACGGCAUCGGUGACCUGAGGAGUGAUAUCGCUGCACUGUACAUAAAGGUGGGAGUGAAGAAUAUUGGCACUGUCUUCCUGCACACAGAUGCCCAGAUUCCUGAUGAAAGAUUCCUGGUGCUAAUCAACGACAUGCUAGCAUCAGGAGAUAUACCUGAUCUAUUCAGUGAGGAAGAGGUUGAUAUGAUUGUCACCUCUAUUCGAGUGGAGUUGAGGGCGCUUGGUCUGCUGGACACACGUGAAAACUGCUGGAGUUUCUUCAUUGAUCGAAUACGCAGACAGCUUAAGGUGGUGCUGUGUUUCUCUCCAGUUGGCUUCACUCUUCGUACACGUGCACGGAAGUUUCCGGCUAUUGUGAACUGCACCGCCAUUGACUGGUUCCAUCCUUGGCCCCAGCAUGCAUUGCAGUCUGUCAGCAGCACUUUUAUACAAAAUAUCUCUGGCCUGGAGCCGGCGGUAAGAGUGUCCAUCAGUGAGUUUAUCUCUUUCGCUCACACUAGUGUGAAUGAAGUCAGCAUAAAGUAUCAACAGAAUGAAAAACGCUUCAACUACACCACACCCAAGAGCUUCCUGGAGUUCAUGAAACUUUAUGGCAACUUGCUAGGGACAAAAAGAAAAGAACUGAGCCAGAAGAUGGAACGCCUGGAAAACGGCCUGCAGAAACUACUGACCACUGCAUCACAGGUGGAGGAUCUAAAGGCUAAAUUGGCCAUACAGGAAGUGGAGCUGCAACUAAGAAACACUGAUACUGAAGCUCUCAUCGCUAAAAUCGGACAGCAGAGUGAGAAACUCAGUCAAGAGAGGAGUGUAGCAGAUGCAGAGGAGCAAAGAGUUGAAGCGAUCCAAGCAGAAGUGACCAAGCAGCAGCAGGAGAAUGAAGCAGACCUGGCAAAAGCAGAACCAGCUUUACAGGCAGCUAAUGCAGCACUCAACACACUCAACAGGUUAAACUUAACAGAGUUGCGGACAUUUCCGAAUCCUCCUGCCAUCGUAUCUAAUGUGUCUGCAGCUGUUUUGGUGCUGUUGUCUCCUAAUGGCCGCAUCCCAAAGGACCGCAGCUGGAAAGCAUCUAAAGUUGUCAUGAGUAAAGUGGAUGACUUCUUACAGACACUGAUUAAUUUUGAUAAAGAGCAUAUCCCUGAAGCCACAGUGCGUGUGGUCAAAGAAGAGUAUCUGAGGGAUCCAGAGUUUAAUCCAGAGUUUGUGCGUCUGAAAUCAUCUGCAGCGGCCGGUCUCUGUGCCUGGGUCAUUAACAUCAUACGCUUCCACGAGACAUAUGUGUUCUGUGAGGUGGAGGUGAAAAGGAUGUGUCUGGCUCAGGCAAACACUGAUCUGGCCGAGGCUGCAGAAAAAUUAGAGAUUAUCAGAAAGAAGCUGGCUGAGUUGGAUGGUAGUUUGGACACACUGAAAGCUGCCUUUGAAAAAGCAACCUCGGAGAAACUCCGUUGUCAGGAUGAGGUGAACCACACCAACACCACCAUCCAACUGGCCAACCGCCUGGUCAAGGGUUUAGAGUCAGAGAACGUACGCUGGGCUCACUCUGUGGCUCAGUACCGUGAGCAGGAAUCCACACUGUGUGGAGACGUUCUCCUCACGGCAGCCUUCAUCUCUUACGCUGGCUCCUUCUCAAAGAGAUACAGACAUGAGUUACUUCAUAACCUCUGGAUGCCUUACCUCCGUGCCCAGAAGGCGCCCAUUCCAAUGACUGAGGGCUUAGAUCCCAUCUCCAUGUUAACAGAUGGUGCUACCAUUGCUCAAUGGAAUAAUGAGGGUUUGCCAGGUGAUAAGAUAUCUACUCAGAAUGCAACUAUACUGACUAACUGUGAGCGCUGGCCUCUGCUCAUUGACCCCCAGCUGCAGGGCAUCAAGUGGCUCAAGAGUCGCUAUGGCAACAGCCUGAAGGUCAUUAACCUUAGCCAGAAGGGGUAUGUGGAUGUGAUUGAACAGGCCGUAGUCUCAGGAGAGCCUGUGUUGAUUGAGAAUAUGGAAGAGACAAUUGAACCAGUUAUUGAUCCACUGCUGGGCCGACACACCAUCAAGAAGGGCAGAUGUAUUAAAGUGGGGGACAAGGAAUGUUAUUUCCAUCCAGACUUCAGACUGAUUCUGCACACUAAGCUGGCAAACCCACACUAUAAACCUGAGAUCCAGGCUCAGACCACUCUCAUCAACUUCACUGUCACACGGGACGGGCUCGAGGACCAGCUGCUCGCAGAGGUGGUCAACCUGGAGAGACCAGACCUCGAACAUCUCAAGUCAGAGCUGACUAAACAGCAGAACACAUUUAAAAUCGAACUAAAGCAGCUUGAGGAUGAGUUACUGACGCGCCUCUUCGCAGCUGAGAGUAAAUUCUUGGGAGACAAUGUUCUGGUGGAGAAACUGGAGAGCACUAAACACACAGCCGCAGAGAUUGAGAUGAAGGUGUUGGAAGCGAAGGUUAAUGAGGUGAAGAUUAACGAGGCUCGUGAACACUACCGGCCCGUGGCUGUCAGAGCGUCCCUCCUCUACUUCAUCAUCAAUGACCUUAACAAGAUCAACCCCAUGUACCAGUUCUCCCUUAAGGCAUUUAACGUUGUGUUCCAUAAGGCUGUGCAGAAUGCAGAUGCCUCACCUGAUGUAAAAACCCGUGUGAACACGCUGAUAGAUUGUAUCACCUUCUCUACAUUUAAUUACAUCAACAGAGGCUUGUUUGAGAGAGACAAACUCACCUUUGCAGCACAGCUUACCUUUCAGUUGCUGUUAAUGAGUAAAGAGUUGGAUCCUCGAGAACUGGACUUUCUGCUACGCUUCAACAUUGAUCACAGUUAUGUCAGUCCACUCGACUUCCUGUCCAACUCCACUUGGAGCGCUGUUAAAACAAUGGGCUUCACCGAUGAGUUCCGUGGUCUGGACCGGGACAUCGAGGGUUCUCCUAAACGCUGGAAGAAAGUGGUGGAGUCAGAGUGUCCAGAGAAAGAGAAACUCCCUCAGGAAUGGAAAAACAAGACUUCGCUCCAGAAACUCAUCCUUAUGAGGGCUCUCCGGCCUGACCGGAUGACAUACGCUGUCCGGAACUUUGUUGAAGAGAAACUAGGUGUACAGUACACCGAGGGCAGGAAGAUGGAGUUUGCACGUUCAUUCAAAGAGUGUGGUCCUGCUUCCCCCGUUUUCUUCAUCUUGUCCCCUGGAGUAGACCCCCUAAAAGAUGUCGAGUCCCUUGGUAAGAAGCUUGGUUUCACUAUAGACCUGGGAAAGCUCCAUAAUGUGUCUCUAGGACAGGGCCAGGAGUCAGUUGCUGAACUUGCCAUGGAAAAAGCCUUUAAAGAGGGCCACUGGGUCAUUUUACAGAACAUUCACCUGGUGGCAAAGUGGCUGGGAAGUUUAGAAAAGCUUCUCGAACAUUGCUGCGUGAACAGUCACCAAGACUACCGAGUGUUCAUGAGUGCAGAACCUUCUCCCACUCCACAGGAACACAUCAUUCCUCAGGGAAUUCUAGAAAACUCCAUCAAAAUUACUAAUGAGCCACCCACAGGGAUGCUGGCCAACCUCCAUGCUGCACUGGACAACUUUGAUCAGGGCAUUCUGGACCAGUGUUCCCGUGAACAGGAGUUUAAGACCAUCCUGUUCUCGCUGUGUUAUUUCCAUGCUUGUGUGGCUGAAAGGAGGAAGUUUGGACCACAGGGGUGGAACAGGAAGUACCCUUUUAACACAGGAGAUCUCACCAUAUCAGUGAAUGUGCUCUACAACUACCUAGAAGCCAACUCACAGGUACCAUGGGAAGACCUUCGUUACCUGUUUGGUGAGAUCAUGUAUGGAGGUCACAUUACUGAUGAUUGGGACAGGAGACUGUGCAGAACUUACCUGGAAGAGUACAUGCAACCUAACCAGUUUGACAGGAAGUUGUCACUGGGUCCAGGAUUUGUUGUGCCUUCUAACCUGGAUUACCAGGGUUAUCAUGCAUACGUAGAUGAGAUGCUGCCACACGAAAGCCCAGUGCAUUAUGGGCUGCAUCCAAACGCUGAGAUCGAUUUUCUUACAGUGACAUCAGACAGCCUCUUCCACACUCUUUUGGAGCUGCAGUCCAGAGACUCCAACAUGGGUGAAGGAGCCUCACAGACCACUGAAGAGAAGGUGAAGACAAUCUUGGAUGACAUCCUGGAAAAACUGCCAGAAGAGUACAACAUGUCUGACAUCACGUCCAAAACAGCUGAACGCUCGCCCUACAUUCUGGUCUGUUUCCAGGAGUGUGAGCGUAUGAACAUUCUCCUCAAAGAAAUAAGACGCUCGCUCAAAGAGCUGGACCUGGGGCUAAAGGGAGAGCUGGCUAUUUCAUCAGAGAUGGAGCAGAUACAGACAGCUCUGUUUUUUGAUAAUGUUCCAGAUACCUGGGCCAAGCUGGCCUACCCCUCUAUAUACAGCCUUGGUCUGUGGUAUAAUGAUGUGUUACUCCGCUGUAGAGAGUUAGAUAGCUGGACUCACGAUCUCUCUCUGCCUAGUGUGGUCUGGAUCUCUGGUUUAUUUAACCCUCAGUCUUUUCUAACAGCUGUGAUGCAGAGUUUGGCACGUAAGAAUGAAUGGCCACUGGACAAGAUGAAUUUGACUGUGGAUGUGACCAAGAAGUUCAAAGAGGAGUUUAACCAGCCAGCCAGAGAGGGAGCCUACAUCUAUGGGCUUUACAUGGAGGGUGCACGAUGGGAUAUUCAAGGUGGGACAAUUGCAGAAGCACGCCUGAAGGAACUAACCCCCAGCAUGCCUGUUAUAGCUGUCCGAGCCAUCCCAAACGACCGACAGGAGACGCGCAAUACCUACGAAUGCCCCGUCUAUAAAACCAAACUACGUGCUAACACAUAUAUCUGGACUUUCAGCCUGAAGACCAGAGAGAGGCCUGCAAAAUGGGUUCUGGCAGGGGUCGCUCUGCUGCUUAGUGUGUGACGCAGAGAAACACACUCAGAAUUGUGCACUGAAAUAAUACAGUUUUUAGCCUUAUUUGAGCUAUAACAGCAAAUUAAGUGUAUUAUACUUUAGGUAUGAAGUGAGGUCCAAAUAUCAGGACAUUGUAAAUUUAGAAAUAAAAGCUAAAAAGUGCUUUUUCAGGGUUUCUGCAGAUCUCAAAGUCUUAAAUUAUAGCAGAAAGUAAAUCUUUAAUAAUGUCCUGGAAUUAACUCUUGCAUGCAUUGCAAAAAAUGCUUAUCUUCCUCAGUAUUUUAGGUUUCUAAUACAAUAUCUAAACAUCAAAACAUUACAAAAAUAUACAAUUUCUACAAAUAAACGAAAUUAAAUAAGCCUAAAUCAAGAACAAAUAUCUGUCCGUGGGGUAUAAAACUUGUUUUCCCCUAGUAGAAUUUUUUCUGAGCUCACUGACACAUUUGUUCUCAUUUGAAUCAUUAAAGUUCAUUCUUAUUUAAUGUCAUUUUGCUUCUUAAGUAAAUGUAACAUGAUUUAAGAAUCUUUAGAUUUUUGCACUGGAAAACAAGACAAAAUUACUGUAGAAGCACAUUACCUUUUGCAGUGUGAUCAGAAGGAACCGUCAUUUUUUUUCAUAUUCUUAGUAACUCAUUGUCUGCAACUGAG